CGACUGUCGACUACGUUUGUGUCAGAAAGUAGAACUACACAAUAAUAAUCAUCGUCCUACAAAUGCAGAUGCUUGGAUGAUGGCAUCAGUUGCUCGAAAUCCAGGAUACAAGAGGAUAUCUCGACAUUUUUUGAAGAACUGUGGAUUUAAGCUUCUCUCUGUUGAUGAGACGGCAGUAGAGGCCGUGGUCAGUCACCCAGGACCCACAGUAUCAGAUUAUGAUGUUUAUGGUCAGCCAAAAAUUUGGAACAUGAUGAACUUAGUGGUUUCUGGCAGGAUGUUUGUUCAUCAUCAGCCAUUAGAUGAAAGUGGCAGAACAUUCAGGGACUUUGAAAAACUGACAAGUGACCGUUUAACAUUCCUUGUAACUUCUGAGGUCUGUUUCACCAAGGCUUUGUAUGACCCAGAUGUACCUAAAAGUACACUGUUGACAACUGUGAAAGGAGGCUACAUUGGAAAUACAUCCUUUAAUUCACACUCAUUUUUGAAAUCAGAAACCAAUGAACUCCUCAUCAGCAAUAUCAACCAAGUUGUCAGUAUUGAUUUUGAAACCAGGCGACCUAAGACACUGCCCUCUUGGUGGAAAAUGAAAUAUGCAGAGACAGCUAAGAACUUUCAGUCUUACAAACUAGAGAAAUUUCCAAGGGCGGAUAAAACAAGUAUCUACCAUGUCAAAGUGGCAUGGAGUGACACUGAUAUGAAUAACCAUACUACCUGGAGUGCUUAUGUCCGAUAUGCCAAAGACGCUGCCCAUCAUGCUGCAAGAACUGGUGCCCUGCCAAGCUUUGAAGAGAAUCUAGGGAAGGGAAUCAGCAAAAUUCAAUCCCAUUAUUUAGGAGAGUGUUUAGAGGGAGAUGAACUCACUGUACAUGUAUGGGAAGAUGUAGGAGAACAUUAUCAAUUAAAAUGUCACAUUGACAAAGAUGAGAUAUGCUUAUUUCAAAGUGUUAUAUCCUUUUUUAGUAGUUAGAAAAUAUUAGAUAUAUUCUACCUCAUCAUAAUUACGCUGUUCACUAUUUAGUGUAAUGUACAUUAUUUUGUAACUGAUCAGUCUUUGUACAUGAAUAAAUCAUAGAAAUU